AUGUCUUACAGGGCACCUAGUCCUGAGCUAGCCCAGUUGCUAGUACCGUCAUCUUACAGGGCACCUGGUCCUGGGCUAGCCCAGUUGCUAGUACCAACAUCUUACAGGACACCUGGUCCUGAGCUAGCCCAGUUGGUAGUGCCAAAUUCUUACCGGGCACCUGGUCCUGAGCUAGCCCAGUGGCUAGUACCAACGUCUUACCGGGCACCUGGUCCUGAGCUAGCCCAGUGGCUAGUAGCAAAGGUACCUAGUCAUGAGCUCGCCCAGUGGCUAGAACCAAAGUCUUACAGGGCACCUAGUCAUGAGCUCGCCCAGUGGCUAGUACCAAAGUCUUACAGGGCACCUAGUCAUGAGCUCGCACAGUGGCUAGUACCAAAGUCUUACAGGGCACCUAGUCAUGAGCUAGCCCAGUGGCUAGUACCAAAGUCUUACAGGGCACCUAGUCAUGAGCUAGCCCAGUGGCUAUUACCAAAGUCUUACAGAGCACCUAGUCAUGAGCUAGCCCAGUUGCUAGUACCAAAGUCUUACAGGGCACCUAGUCAUGAGCUAGCACAGUUGCUAGUACCAAAGUCUUACAGGGCACCUAGUCAUGAGCUAGCCCAGUUGCUAGUACCAAAGUCUUACAGGACACCUAGUCAUGAGCUAGCCCAGUUGCUAGUACCAAAGUCUUACAGGACACCUAGUCAUAAGCUAGCCCAUUUGCUAGUACCAAAGUCUUACAUGACACCUAGUCAUGAGCUAGCCCAGUUGCUAGUACCAAAGUCUUACAGGACACCUAGUCAUGAGCUAGCCCAGUUGCUAGUACCAAAGUCUUACAGGACCACCUAG